UAACUACAUAACUACAGUUGCAGAGCUACGACUCUACAUAUUAAAUACUGUACCCUGUACCUACAAUACUUUUUAACAACAACACUUUGUCCACACUGACUCGAUAAAAACAUAAUUGGACAAUGAGAUGAGUCUUGGAUUUCUCUGAGCUCAGUGACGUCUAGACACUUCUAUUAGAAUUCCCAUCCGUUAUCUAGGUGCCUACUAGCUAGGUAGCUAAAUUGUCUAGGUGCUAAAUUAUAGACGAGCUUCGCUAUUAUCGAAUCUCAGCUUCUGCGACAACGACUACGACAACAACGACGACGAGAAACCCAACUUAUCGCCCUCGAACCACGUAUCGCCCCGUGCAGGCGAUAAUGAGCCGAGAUGAUCAGAGCAAUAUCACAAUGGAGUCAGCAUUUGCGCCCGAAUCAAAUAGUUUGGGUCAACCGCUUCGCCAGAGCGCAACAGAGAAUGCGGCCAUGAACUCCGAUACCCAGACGGCUAACACGCAAUACCGAAGCCGGCCAGUAGCAGUAGCUGUCGACCCGGUGUCUUUGGUCAUAUCAGAAUGCAUAACCGUCACCUCUGCUAUGCGAAAGCAUGCCCGGUGGGCGGGCUCUUCGGUGUCUUCUAUACUUGGCGGCAACCCAAAUCCCAUUCAACUUGGCCCUCCUAGUCCCCUCAUGCGGCCAGGAAGCAAAGGAUCUACAGCUAGCUUGGGGUUGGAUGGAGGGCAAGAUAUCGGAGUCGCAAACCGAUGGGGUCUGCGAGGGAAGAAGGGCAAGAGCAUGCAGGAUAAUCCCCUGAUGGCUGGGUUUGGCCGUCUUCGCCACGAACUAUCGAGUUGCAAAAAUAUCCACGAUUUUGAUGCCCCGGCCCUCCUCAACCCGUUUCUCCAAGUGAUCCAGGCUUCGUCUACCUCCGCACCUAUAACUAUUCUCGCUUUGAAGGCGAUUCGGAAGUUCUUAUCUUAUGGAUUCAUCAGCCCCGAUUCACCACGAUUUCCGCUCGCUAUGCAAUCUCUAUCGACAGCGAUAACACACUGCCGCUUCGAGGCCAGUGAUUCUGCCCAGGAUGAAGUUGUUCUGCUCAUGAUUUUACAUCUCAUGGAGGAUAUGCUUUCCGGCCCAGGAGGUGCGCUGUUAAGCGACGAAAGCGUCUGCGAAAUGAUGGAAACCGGCUUGACAAUGUGCUGCCAGUCGCGAUUAUCCGAGCUUCUCCGGAGAACGGCCGAAGCGGCGAUGGUCCGUAUGUGUCAGAUCAUCUUCGAGCAUCUUAAGCAUCUAGAGGUUGAAGCCGGCGACGAUUUAGAGGCCUUAGAUAACCAGGCAAGCGGAGAUAUGGAAGGGGUAAAAAUGGUUCCAUCGACCAAUGGCAAUGACGUUAUUGCGUCUUCCGAUGCUCCUAUCGCUGAUGAACCUCGAGAUUCGUCUGGAUCCGAGAAUGUUAUCCGCGACGUUGAAGAGAACGAGAAGUCUGCAAGAGAAUCGUUGGAGUCAGACGAGUCCGUGGAUAUCAGACCGUAUUCGUUGCCCUCCAUGAAAGAACUUUUCAGAGUUCUUGUAGACCUCCUAGAUCCACACGAUAGGCAACAAGGUGAUACGAUGCGGGUCAUGGCAUUACGUAUUAUUCACGUCGCUUUAGAAGUUGCUGGGCCAUCCAUUGCAAGACAUCCGGCGUUAGCUGUAGUCGCCGAGGAUCGGCUAUGUCGACAUCUGUUCCAACUUGUCCGAUCUGACAAUAUGGCUAUUCUCCAAGAAUCGCUUAUUGUUGCCGGAACAUUACUGGAGACCUGCCGAGGAGUAUUAAAAUUGCAGCAGGAACUCUUCCUGUCUUAUCUCAUCGUAUGCUUGCACCCACCGGUCGAAAUACCGCGCGAGCCUAACAUAGAUCCUUCACUUUAUGAUGGUAUUCCACAACGGCCAAGUGGUGUGAAGCCUCCACCGUCGCAACCUGGUAGUGGUAGAUCUACCCCGGUCCCCGUAAAGGACCGACAAAAACUAGGUAUGGAAGGAGGUGCACGUAAGCCGGACGCUCGCCAGGCCAUGGUGGAGAGUGUCGGUGCUUUGACUCGAAUCCCCACUUUCUUGGUUGAGCUGUUUGUGAAUUAUGACUCCGAUGCGAAUCGUGGCAAUCUGUGCGAAGACAUGCUUGGUCUACUUUCGAGGAGCGCUCUUCCAGAUUCAGCUACCUGGAGCACAACAAGCGUGCCUCCUCUAUGCUUGGAUGCAUUACUCGGUUUCGUCCAGUCCAUAGCAGAUCGCCUCGAUGAUGAGCCGGUCGUAGAUGGAUUACCAGAUCAACUAGCUCUCCGAGAAGAGAGGCGAAGGAAGAAAAUGAUUGUUAAGGGCGCAACAAAAUUCAACGAGAAACCAAAAGAUGGCCUAGGAUACCUUAAAGAGCAAGGAGUUAUCAGCAAUGAUCCCGUAUCAGCCGCCAAGUUCCUUAGAACUGCAUCUCGUAUUUCUAAGGCAGUCCUUGGCGACUUCUUAUCUAAAAAGGGGAACGAUGAAUAUCUCGAGGCUUUUCUAGACUUGUUCGACUUCGCGGGCAAGCGGGUCGAUGAAGCAGUUCGGCUUCUUCUCGAGAGCUUCCGGCUUCCUGGCGAGUCCGCGCUUAUCGAGCGAAUAGUGACUGCCUUCGCCAAGAAGUAUUUCGCAACCUCAGGCUCAGACGUUAUUGAGAGUGAGGAUGCUGUGUUCAUCCUUACGUAUGCUAUCAUCAUGCUUAAUGUCGACCAACACAGUCCCAAGCUUAAGGGAAAGAAGCGUAUGGAAUUAGUAGACUUUGCGCGAAACUUGCGUGGUGUCAAUGGCACCAAGGAUUUCCCUCCUGAAUUCCUCGAAAUGACCUUUGAGGCAAUCAAGUCAAACGAGAUCAUCCUUCCUGACGAACAUGACAACCAACAGGCAUUCGAUUAUGCAUGGCGAGAGCUACUCCUAAAAACUGAAGCUGCGGGACCGUUGGUGAUUUGCGAUACUAACAUCUACGAUGCUGACAUGUUCGCAACCACGUGGAAACCAAUCGUCUCAACCUUAUCAUAUGUGUUCAUGUCAGCAACCGACGACGCAGUAUUUUCCCGGGUUGUCACUGGUUUCGACCAAUGUGCUCAGAUUGCCUCGAGAUAUGGCAUUAAGGAAGCACUGGAUCGUAUUAUCCAGAACCUCAGUUAUAUGACAACAUUAGAUUCUGAUGAUUUGUCAAACACCGCCCUAAACACAGAAGUAAAGGUAGCAGAUGACAGCGAUAGCGUGAUGGUCAGUGAACUUUCCGUUAAGCUCGGAAGAGACUUCAAGGCGCAACUCGCAACUCUCGUACUAUUCCGUGUUGUAAAAGGAAGCGAACACAUCAUCCGACAUGGUUGGCAACAGAUUAUCCGAAUCUGGUUGAAACUCUUCGUCAACUCCCUUAUUCCUUCGUUUAACAAUGACCCUGAGAAACUUAAGCUCCCUAAAAUUCCACUCCAUACACCGUCACAGGUCAUUGACCGAGCAGCAAAAACCGCCGAAUCUGGGUUAUUCUCAGCACUGUCUUCAUAUAUAUCUAGCUAUGCAGCGGACGAUCCGCCAGAGCCUUCGGCCGAGGAAGUUGAGAGUUCGCUCAGCACGGCAGAUUGCAUUAAAGCUUGUGACUUGGAAAAUGUCUUCACAAACAUAUCAAUCCUUCCAGCUGAGUCCCUGUCGACGCUCAUUGAAGCACUACUCAAUGAAUUGCCCGACGAUGAAAGCUCAGCUGUGCCCGUCAUAACGGUGAAGCCGGAAAGCUUGCCUUCAUCACCUUCCAGCGGGUCUAAGCCACCGUCUCGAAAACAUACUUACGAUCCUGCGGUGGUGUACAUUUUGGAAUUUUGCACUGUUCUUGCUCUAAGGGACGAGAAGACGGUUGAGUUGCUUGGGAAAUCAGUUGCGGAAGCUCUUCAAAUGAUUCUGCGUGAUUCUGCCCAGCACCAUCCUAUCCUUGUUUCUCGAGCGGCAUACUAUCAAUUCAGUGUAUUGAAAGAGAGCUAUGAUCACGAUUUUGUACGACCGCCAGUGCUUUUGCACGCCAUAUCGAGUUUCCCGAAAGAUGUCCUUGCCAAGACGUCGCAGUUUGUGUUGCAAGGGUUGAAGCUUUGUAUCGAUCAGCCGGGACCGCUACGAAGCGAGAUCAUGACUUCACCCGAUUUUUGGGUUAUUCUCCGUACCCUUGCCGGCAAUUCGAAUGCCUCCCCAACUGUCUUCGAGAUUCUUGAGGGUGGAGUGUCCGGCUUUCCGUCGGCAAUCAUCGCGGAUAACUACGAAGCUGCUAUUGCCCUGCUCAACGAAUAUGCCACAGCCGCUAAGGUCGGUGCACUGGUUGAGCAGAAGGGUGAGAGGAGGCAGAGAAAUGUCCGACCACCUAAGAAGGAGGCCCCAAGUGAAAAUGCCGUAGUCUUGCGCGGCGUAAAAGCGGUCAAUCUUAUUUCUAGCAUGACAGCUCGCAUUCCUCAUCUCAUGAAACAGUCACAUCUAGAAAAUAAUGAAGCUUGGUCAGCGUACUGGCUACCCAUUUUCCAAGCUCUGACGACACAAUGCACCAACCCCUGUCGCGAAGUGCGAUCACUGGCUUUCUCAUCUCUACAACGAUCUCUGCUGUCUCCAGAAUUGACCUGUAGCGACCACAAGGAAUGGACGGCUAUAUUUGGUGAGGUUUUGUUCCCUUUGAUUCUACGGCUGUUGAAGCCAGAGGUUUAUUCAUCGGACCGAGACGGGAUGAGCGAAACUAGAGUGCAGGCGGCAUCACUUCUUUGCAAAACAUUCUUACAGUAUCUUGUCCUACUCUCAAAGUGGGAUGGUAUGCUGGAUCUCUGGUUGCAAAUCAUCGAUAUCAUGGACCGACUUAUGAAUAGUGGUCAAGGCGAUAGCUUGGAGGAGGCUGUGCCAGAAAAUCUCAAAAAUGUACUCCUAUUCAUGGCGAGUAGCGGAUAUCUCGUUCCGCCAACUAAGGACCCCCAACAGGAAAAGCUCUGGGUGGAAACGUGGAAGCGGAUAGAUCGUUUCUUACCAGAUUUGCGUGGUGAACUGGCGCUAGAAGAACCUGAACAAGAGGAAGCACCCCCGAAAGAGCAGAAGCCACCACAAGAAGAGCCGCCAGCCUCGGAGCAAACUGAAGAUAGACCUAGUAAUAGAGGCGAAGAAGAAGUUGCCGCGGCUUGAGUAGUAGGUGGGUACGCAAUAAUAAAUAAAAUAGCAUGUAGGGACACGGGUGUUAUUAUGAUGACAGUUAUAGAAGGGGUUUCGGUGUACGUACUGUGUAAUUAUUGGUGCAGCAAGUGUAGUAAGGAUGUAAGGACGUGGUGAGAACGCGAUGGAUUGUAUAAUUCAGUCUUAUGUAACUACCAAGUCCGUAUACCAGGGGUUAUGCAGACUUGUUUAAAUGCAGGGGCUAUGCAACUGUACUACGCUAGGUUAGUAGGUAGCAGUUUAGUUAAUCUUCUAUCGAUAAAGAGCCAAAUAGUUGACUUGGCGCUAA